CAUCAUUCUCUCCUUGCAUGCAUACCUUAAUACCAAUUCCUUGUUGUAUUUUUUUCCCUAUUGAAAUCAUUCAUUUUCCACUUCUUUUUGCAUGAUGAACCUUUUUUUCUGUGGACCUUAUACACUAACUAGUAGUUGAUUAUGACAUAAUUUUUCAGUAAUAAUUUAUGAUGCCUUGGAAAAUUAACAUAUGUCUUAUACGAAAUUUUGUUUUGCAGCCUUGGUGUCAACCCCUCAGCAGUCCACCCCAAAAUCCGCAAGGACUAAAGGGAGUCAGAAAACUCCUGUUCUUACUCCAGCACCAGGACAAUCAAGAGUUAUUGGAGUGUUCCCGGUCACUCCCAGGACUCCAGCUCAUCCACUUGCUGUUCCAAUCACUCCCCAACCAACUCCAUUAAGCGGAAGGGCAAAAGUGUUUGCAGCUUGGAGCAGUGGGAACACUCCCACUACACCUGCUGGAAUGAACAUCCCCUCGGGCUCAGGCUCAGGAGUCCAGAACAAGGUGGUCCAGAAGGCUGGACAGGCACCCCCAGAUGUGAUAGACAAUGAGAAGAUGUUGGAGUAUGUGACAAAUAAACAGGUCCAUACGCUCACCCUGAAGCCCUUAAAAUCAUUUUUGAAGGGCAAAAUUGAUAGAAUUACUGGGUUGAAGAAAGAGGCGCUUGUUGCUGCGGUGUACAAUUUGGAUGUAUUUAAGAAUUGAUUGUAUUUAAAAAUUGACUUAUUUGUUCUAAUUUUUUUGUCAUUGAAGAAUUAGCUUUUCUGUAUUUUUUCCUGUAAAAAUUGACUUGUUGUAUGUUACUUCAUUCAAGAUGUGGCGUUUUUGUAUAAAUACAAAAUGUGUUACUCAAUUUCUUUCAAUAUAACUUUUUUCUUCAUGAACUUAGUUUUGUUUUCCUCAUUCUUCCAUUCAUCAGUUUUCAAACCUCUGCGCGAUUAACAGUGUUACCAGCAACCAAACGCGAAAAGUCACGCGACCCCACUCUGAACCCACGAAACGCCGGUUAAUUUUUUCUUAAGAGGUUGGCAGUACACCGAAUCGCUUUUGUGACGUCACAAACAUAGUGAGCCGUCCCUACACUAGGCAGUCACCGGGGACUGAGGACAAGGAUGGCGGCGUUGCCACUCCACUAGCACUGGAAUUUCCUCUCCGAUAACAGUCCUUAGGAGGAAAGUGCGAGUUUUUCGUAUUGCUCUCGGGCCGACUGGACUGUACAAUAGUCCACCGGUUUCCGAAAUCAGUUUCAAAAAUUUGAUCAUCGAUCUCGAGAAGAGAACAAGUCAUAGCAGCGACACGUUAAGUCACAAGGUACAUGGGAAGUACGCACGUGGGCGCACCUCUAAGUGUCUAGGUGACGGGGACGUACUGAACAAGACAUCGUUGCGGAGACCUCCCGAGCGUUACGAUUUAACAGAUUAUUUGGGGGAUAUGGUU